AUGACCGCAUCCCAAAAAGUCAUAGCACAUUAUGUAUCGAAGCCCAACACACUUGCAAGGUUUGAAAUCGCACGGCCACACAAAGAUAGUUUCACAGCAGAUUCAAUUUACAGGGUUGCAAAGCCUUAUCGUCGUAGCGCUGCUGCUAAAGUUUUCCAGGGAUCUAUCAUGAAAAGUAGCUUGCUCGUCGAGCGUUCUUCGAGCAACAAACUUGAGUCGAUCGCGAACGCUUCCUUUCGGCGUACCAAUAAACGUUCCGAUCGCAACAAAAGCAUUGACACGGAAUUGACCACAGAUUUGUCCUCCUCAGGUGCAAGCAACAGUGUCAGUAGCAGCAGUGACGACGUUGCAGUCUCCUCUUCGUCUGAGGCUUCCUCUUCUGUGUCUUCUAAUGUAAGCGGCUUCGACUCCAGUGAGAGCGAUUCUCAAAGCGAAGGAAGCUACAACAAAGAUGACGAUUCGACGGAAGCACUCAUAGAUGACGAAAGUCUCUGCGAUUCUGACUAUGACCGUCUAAAUUCAUCCGAUAGCUCCCUCGAACUAUUGAUUCCGUCGACAAAGACGCAAGUACUACCGGAUGACACACCGCAAGCAAACGACUCCUUGUCGCACAUUCCGUCGCUUCUGGACAACGUAUGUGGCGAUGGAAGCGACGACGAAGAGGACUUGUUCAUCGAUAUUCCUACUCCUUGUGAAGCGCAGUUGACGGACAUGCCUGAUCAAAUACCUACGAGCAGUAACGUCUGGACCGACGAUGAUGCCUCGUCGGGGGGUGAUACUUUUGCGUCGGAAGCCAAAUCGGUAGAGUCUUUUAUUAGCAUGGCUUCUAAACGCAGCGUAGACAGCGCUGACCCUCCCCCUCCGCCUCGGCGCUCAAGAAAACCUCGGAAAAAGCAACGCAAAAGAGUAAUCAACAUUGACGACAACGAAGAUGCCUGUAAGAACUACGAUCUUGACAGCUCUACCCACAGCACCAACGAAGCUCUCAGCAAAAGCCAGCGAAUCAAAGAUGAAAUGGACGCUUCCAUUCACAGCAUCCAAGAAAGUCAAGCAGCCAUUGAAGCUUUGGAAAAAGGUGUUGAACAAGAUUUUGAAGACAGGGCUCCGAAAGCUGGCGAUGGAGCCCAAUCUGUGAUUCAAAAAAAAAUGGCAGAAAAACAAGCUCUACGCAAAGCUCGAAUGGAGAAAGUUCGCGCCCGAAUUGCUCGCGAAAAAGAAGAAAAAGACAAGGCCGAACAAGAGGAGAAAGACAAACAAAAACUGAAGGAUUCUCAAGCUGCCAAACUUGACUUCUCUGAAGAAUCUCGUCGUGAACGGGCAUACACUUGGUAUACAAGGUCGGGAAUGCCCAAUAAGAAAAAUUACAAAGAGCGUAUCCAAGCAAUGCCACUAUCAUCUGGCAUCACAGAAGAAGACAUAGAUCUAUUGCCCUGGAAUGCUCGCAAUGAUAUGGUCAACGUUGCAAAAAUGAAUGCAUACUUGUUUAAGCGCUAG